AUUGUGAAUAUAUAGCAUUUAAAUAUAUUUUUUAUAACCAAUAUAAUGAAAUAUUUCAUAUUUUUUUUCUGCGUUUGGCAAAUAUAUGGUCUUUACGAUAAUGAUUUUGAUAUAGAUUGUAAAGGAAAAACUUUCGAAAAUGUCACAAUGACAGCUUACUACCCUGAUUAUAGUGGAGAUAGCGAGUCUGGUUUUUUGGAUAAAAAAGGAAGGAAACUUAGAACUCUUCAGGAUUAUCUCGACGAUAGGACAGGCUAUGUUACCCUUGCCAUGGACGAUGACCUUGGUCUGCCAUACGGAAGCGACGUAUGCAUUCCGGAAAUAAACAAACACUACGGUCAUAGGGUGAGAUUUCAAAUUAGAGAUUCCUCUCUGGAUUUAAAAGGAUCCGGAUACGAACGGGUGGAUAUCUGCGUCAGAUCGGAAAUGGAUAGCUAUGACGUUAGCGUAAACAGAAAAGUUACUGUUGUUUUUGUUCAAAAUAAAUAAAUAUUUGAAUUUAUUUAAAAUGUUGUGGGAAUAUAAUUUAACUA